CACUUCCUUUAGUUGACCACAGAAAUGCCUGUGUGACGAAGAGUCGAGGGACUGGGCCACGUUUUUAUGAAGGAUGUGUUGUUAGUUUUCGGUCCCUGUUUUGAUGAAGGUAACGUUAAUAAACCCAUGAUUAAAUAAUUAUCGCUUAUGUUAGAAAAGUUUGUGUUUAAUUCCGCGGCGGCUUAUGUUAAAGCAGCUCUUUCUUGUGACCCGCCAAAAGCUCCGGCCGAGGAAGUGACCAUUUUGUGCGAUAACUGAGCUCCGUUCAGGUGGAUUUGACGCGUUUGAGGGAAAAUGAAUAGCGGCUUUAACUUUGGACAAGCCUCUGGGGGCUUCACCUUUGGGCAGAAGACCACGACUGCAGCCCCUACCGCGGGCUUUGGACUGGCAAGCUCCACACCGGCAGCGGCUGGAGGAGGCUUCACCUUCGGAACUUCAACCCAGGCCAGCACCAACCCCACCGGCACUUUCAGCUUUGGGACACCGGCAAAGAGCACAGCAGCCGCGGGGGGCUUCUCAUUUGGGACCCCCGCCCCCUCAUUUGGUCUGGGUUCCACUCAGACCACCACAGCAGCAGGGCUGACAUUAGGCUCCACAGCAGCGCCGGCUGCGACAGGAGGAUUCACUCUUGGAGGCGGAUUAUCCGCACAGACCACCGCUGCCGCACCUGCUGGAGGGGGCUUCACCUUUGGGACCCCCACCCAAGCCCCAGCUCAGCCCCAGCCUGCAGCAGCUGCCCCUGCACCUGCACCCGUACCUGUGGCUGCAGCACCAGCAACAACCACGGCAUCGGGUGGCCUAAAUUUUGGAGGGUUUAGCUUUGGAGGUACCAAGGUGCAGGUGACCACAGCUGCAGCCUCCACAGCUGCCACAGGUGGAGGAUUCUCAUUUGGCACUGGUGCUCCUGCGACCCUCACCUUAGGCACUCAACCAACUGCAACUGCUGCAGCCGCAACCACCCAGGGAGGAGGAUUUGCCUUGGGGAUCAAACCCUCAUCCACCCCAGCUCCUCCAGCUAUGACCCAGGCCGCCCCACCUGCAGCCCCCACACUCUUUUCGGCACCUGCAUCUACUGCCACAUCCACUGCAACAGCCACCGGAUUUGCUUUGGGUGUUGCUCCAACCGCAGCUGCAACCACUGCAGCACCAGCCUCUGCAGCACCAGGUGGAGGUCUGUCCUUCAUGCUCAAACCUCUGGGGGCAGCUACGACCACCUCGACCCCUGCUGCCGCUGUUGCAGCCGCUGCUGUUGCUGCCGCCGCUGCUGCUGCUCCUGCAGCCUCCACUGCAGCUGCCACAACUGGUACAGCUACAGGCUUUACGCUAGGACUCAAACCUGCAUCUGGCACAAGCACCACAACAACAACUACUGCCACCACAAUCACUACAGCUGCUGCCCCUCCUGUAAUGACCUAUGCUCAGCUAGAGGGUCUCAUAAAUAAGUGGAGUCUUGAACUUGAGGACCAAGAGAGACAUUUCUUACAGCAGGCCACUCAGGUCAAUGCUUGGGACCGCCUGCUGGUGGAGAAUGGUGAGAAGAUCACAGCCCUGCACAAGGAGAUGGAAAAAGUCAAGUUGGACCAAAGGCGGCUAAACCAGGAGCUGGACUUCAUCCUCUCCCAACAGAAGGAGCUUGAGGACUUGCUGUGCCCACUUGAAGAAUCUGUGAAAGAGCAGAGCGGAACCAUCUACAUGCAGAAUGCAGAUGAGGAACGUGAACGAACCUACAAGCUGGCAGAGAAUGUGGAUGCGCAGCUGAAGAGGAUGUCGCAGGAUCUGAAGGAGAUCAUUGAGCAUCUGAACACAUCCAGCGGCCCAGCAGAUACAAGUGACCCGCUUCAGCAGAUUUGCAAAAUCCUCAAUGCACACAUGGAUUCACUUCAGUGGAUUGACCAGAAUUCAGUUCUUCUCCAGAGGAGAGUGGAGGAGGUGUCCAAACUAUGUGACAACCAACGCAAGGAGCAGGAGAAAACCUUUCGCUUGACAUUUGACUGAUCUGCAAGAAAAUACUCUUGUGUGUUUACUGAUAUGUAAAUGUUUUCAGUAGUGAUGAGGGAUGUCUACUACGAAUCCAAAUAUUGUGGAUGCACAUUCAGUAGUCUCUCUUAACAUGCUUUCACCAUAAUUCAAAUCCAUUUCUUCAUAUUUGGUUUGCAUAAAGAUAAUAUUUUCAAUGCAACAGCUUUUAUAUCUAUAGAAAUCUUUUCCUGUGUGAAUGCAAUGAUUAAAAAAAGAAUAAAUGUUUUGAUUAAACCUG